AUGGAGGCACAGAGACUCCGUGGUGGUAGUAUAUCGCACGCGUCACCCUCUGGAGUGGGCAACGUGGCCUCCCAGCUCGCGGAAACACAAGAUAUGCCAGUCACCCCAACGCCAACUCACUGGCUAUCUGGGAAUGCGAUGCAGCCUGUACUUAAUGAUGGCAGCAUGGAGAGUGUGAGCAUGGAUGAAAAUGAAGGCCAGGAGCACUGGCAACCUGGGGGGUCCAGCAGGGCCCCCAGCCGGGCCAGCGAGGCCAGAAGCGGAAUCAGGCAACGAAAGAUUCUGCAAAGAUCAUGGAUUGGCAGGCCAAAGCAUCAAACUUCCCUGCUAGAUGUGAGUAAACAAGCCCAGGUGUUGGUGGGGGCCUUGGAAGCAGCCCGAACACAGCAACAGGACAUAUAUCAGAUGGUACAGGAACAGGUACAGGCACACCUGGCAGAGGAGCUGUCCAAUUGGAAAGCAGAACAGCAAAUCCAUGAAGGAAUCUAUCUUGAGCGAAUCACAAAGCUGGAACUGGAAGUCAGCAAACUCCAUACAGAGCUCGCAGAGGCCCAACACACCAUCCAGCAGAUUGGACCAAUGAAGCAGGAUACACCGACAACCAAUGCCCAAUCGAGUAAAAUGAACCAUCAUGAUAACAACAAGAUCCCCAGGACGAGGGAAGUGACAAGCCAAAAAUCAAAGCAGCAACCCACAUUCGCAGAUCUAGCUGCACUGCUCUCCACCAGACCCGGAGGACAGGAAUGGCAGGAGGUCACUGUCACAACCUGGCUUCUCUCGUGUCGUACCUAG